UAGUUGCACGCAGUCCUGCAUUUAUGUCAUCUGCUCGGCAUUAGGAACCAUUGCUGAAUACAAUCACACACAGCUGGUCUUGCACGGCUAUUGAACUGACUUUGCUAUUGAUACGGUUGAGCAUUUCGAAGAGGAAUGGCAGACUUCGAUAGUCUUCUGCAAGGCGUCGGGGAGUUCGGGCCCUUCCAGCACCGCGUGUUUGCGAUGCUGUGUCUACCCUGCACCCUGUUUGCCUUCCAGUACCUCAACAUCGUUUUCCUGGGCCAAGUCCCUGAACACCGCUGCAGGGUGCCCACCGAGACGAGACGAACGUCUUCCCGGUGCGGCGCAAGCCUCGAGGCGGCACACAGAAACCGGAGUCGCGCAUCGGGCUCGGUGGAAGACCAAUGGAACCUUCAGUGCAUGCGCGUCAACACUACCACCUGGAGUGACUCGAAUGCUCCGUGCGGGCUGUCUCCAUGGGGCCAGGGAGACGAGGUGCCCAACGCGUCCUUUUCUGGUCGCCUCAUUGCGUGCGACCACGGUUGGGAGUUUGACACCGAGGAGACGGGACUGACCUUAGUGUCAGAGUUUGACUUGGUGUGCGAGAACGCCUGGCUGCUGGAUCUAUCUCAGGCUCUCCUCAAUGUAGGACUCUUGGUGGGAGCCAUCCUCAUGGGUUACGUUUCCGACAGGUAUGGGCGCCGAUGGAGCUUGAUGGUGUCUAUCUUGAUGCAGACCAUCUUCGGAGUUCUGGUUGCCUUUGCCCCCAACUACGCCGCCUUUGUGUGCAUGCGGACUCUGCAAGGGAUCUUCAACAUGGGCAGCUGGACUACCGUCUUUGUGAUCGCUACCGAGUUUGUGGGCUCAGGCCAGCGCAGGGUGGUGCACAUGGUGCUGCAGAUGUUCUUCAGCUUUGGAGUCAUCAUACUGUCUGGUAUCGCUUACUGCUUACGCACGUGGCGCUACCUGCAACUGGCUCUCACGCUGCCAAACGUCGUCCUCUUUUCCUACUACUGGUUGCUGCCAGAGUCACCACGAUGGCUUAUUUCCCAGAAUCGGAAAGAGCAGGCUUUUGGUGUUUUAAAGAAGAUAUCGAAUGUGAAUGGACGGGAGUUAUCUGACAACAUUCGAAAGAACUUUGAGGAGGUGACAAAAGCCGAUGAAAAGGCUGGCAGCCCAUCAAUUGCAGACUUGAUGAGGUCCCCAAAGAUUCGCAAGUACACGGUGGUACUGAUGAUUUACUGGUUCGUGGUUGGUGUUGUGUACCAGGGGCUGGCGAUGAGCACGGGGAAUAUCGGUGAUAACGUCUACCUGGCCUUCCUCAUGGGCGGGCUGGCUGAGAUUCCCGGAGCCCUGAUGGUGAUCGCGCUCAUCGAUCGAGUCGGGAGGCGUCUCCCCAUGUGCGUGGCCCCUGGGCUCUCGGGUCUCGCCUGCCUCGCCACUGCUCUCGUCCCCCAUGAUAUUGAGUGGCUGAAUAUCACUCUGGUGACACUGGGCCGCCUUGGACUGACCAUGGCCUAUGAGAUGGUGACCCUGGUUAACAACGAGCUCUAUCCGACACACCUCAGGAACAUGGCCAUGUCCACUUGUUCAUCACUGUCUGGUAUCGGUGGAAUAGUCGCUCCGUUUGUCCUCUACCGUCUUUACACCAUUUGGAGGCAUCUACCCAUGGUUAUUUUUGGAAUCCUUGCGAUUAUUGGCGGGUCCGUGAUUCUGCUCUUGCCAGAAACAAACGGUCUUCCUCUACCAGAAACCACCGAGGAUGCAGAAAACAUUUCCAAGAAACAGAAAAUGCUGCGGUCCCGCAAGCUCAAUACCAAGAACCCCUUGAGAAAUGGAGAUUCUCAGGCCGAUGGAAAUGUGACUGCCACUGAGCUCGAGUUUAUAAAUGUGACGCAAUGAGUGUGCACGAUGCCGCGUGCAAACAAAACUACCAUGCGUAUUAGGAUGCCUCGGCUCAUUCAGUAUUUACGUGUUGUUUCACAAUCAAAAUUCGGCCAUGCUACAGUAAUACGCGUACGUUAGUUGUUGCGUUGAGGCAAAUAUUUGCAACUCUUUGAUUAUUAACGCAAGAUUAUUACGAUACAAUUGCAGAAAGUUUAAAAUCACAAAGAUAUGUUUUACAUGAAACCAUUUGUUUGGAAGGGCUUUUGAAAACGCAAACAGGGUACUUCUAAAUGGAUUCUUAAUUCUUAAUUUUUAAGCGGUGCAAGAAGAGUCGAAAUAGAUGGUGGGUUAUGUUCUCAUUCACUUAAAAAUGUAGUGCAUUUAAUAAAAAAAAUAUAUAUUUUAUAUCACUGUUGCUAUCAUCUCAAGGAAAUCCAUCGUAUCAUCUAACAAUGCAUUGCUGACAAUGUUAACCGCUACACUAUAGGGCAGCAUAUAACGCCCAUGAUUGAAGGCUACAGUAUAAAUACAUUUUUUCAUUUUUAUAUUUAAAGGAGAAAUGUCACUCCAGAAAUAGUGUAAUCUCUCCAUAAUUGUCGACAGAUUACAAAAGUUGACAUAAUUUUUAAUAUUUCAUUUUGGGACAUUGCCGUGACUACGUUGGGAAUCCUGCAUGCCUUGUAAACUUUAAUAUACUGGAAUUUAGUGUGAUUGUUUUUUUCUGAAUUUAUAAAACUACAAUACGUAGUGUGUAUGUUCCUGUAUUGGGGAAAUAGUGGCAUGGA